UCUUUCUUUCUUUCUCUCCAUAAUUUUCCCCUAAACUUUGGUCUCUUCCAAGUCCCCACUGCUUCUUCACUCCCAAGUCUUCUUUUUUCUGUAAAAGGCCUGGUGUUCUUUUCAGAUCUCAUAACACCAUCUCUCUCUCUCUCUCUUUCCAUGGCUUCCUCUGCUAAUCCAAACCCCCAUCAACACCAACAGCAACAACCCAUCACUCCUUUUGACAUGCAAACCUUCUUCAAUUCCAUCCCCCAAUCUCAAACCCCAACAUCUCCUUUCCCUCCUCCCUACUCCUUCCCUCCCCAAUCCUCACCGUUUCACCAUCAACAACAACAACAACCCCAACAACCCCUACAGCAACAGCAACAACAACACAUGCCUUAUCAUCAUCACCACCCUCAAUUUCUCCAAAACCAAAACGCCCCUUUACUACACUCCCAGCGCUCUCUCUCCUACCCAACUCCUCCUCUCCAACCCCCAAUCACCAUCUCCACUUCCGCCUCCUCCCCUUCUCCAAACCCCAACUCCGGCGGCGCCCGUCUCAUGGCCUUGUUGGGCAACAUCCCUUCCCCUCCCUCCAAUCACGACCCUCCGCCGCAGCAGCCGCAGCCGCAGCCGCCUCAGCACCACACUCCUCCUCCUUCUCCUACUCCUCCCAUGAUGGGUAUCACUCUGCCGCCGCCGCCACUCCACACUGCCGGGUCCGGCCCCAUCCGGAUGCCCAGCAGUAAGAUUCCGAAGGGCCGGCAUUUGGUGGGCGAACACGUGGUGUAUGACGUCGACGUUAGGCUCCAAGGGGAGUCCCCGCCGCAGCAGUUGGAAGUUACGCCCAUUACCAAGUAUCAGUCGGAUCCUCAGCUCGUCGUGGGGCGGCAGAUUGCGGUGAAUAAGGCGUAUAUUUGUUAUGGAUUGAGGCAGGGGAAUAUCCGGGUUCUUAACAUUAAUACCGCCUUGCGGUCUUUGCUUCGAGGACACACUCAGAGGGUCACAGACAUGGCUUUCUUUGCUGAGGAUGUUCACCUUUUGGCUAGUGUUGGCGUAGAUGGACGAGUUUAUGUGUGGAGGAUUUCUGAAGGUCCAGAUGAAGAAGAUAAGCCUCAAAUAACAGGAAAAGCGGUUGUUGCCGUUCAAUUUAUAGGAGAGGAGGGAGCUGCGCAUCCACGAGUUUGUUGGCACUGCCACAAACAAGAGAUUUUGGUAGUUGGGAUUGGAAGACGUAUUAUGAGAAUUGAUACUACAAAAGUUGGGAAGGGUGAAGUGUAUUCGGCAGAGGAACCUCUCAAAUGUCCUGUUGAUAAGGUCAUUGAUGGGGUCCAAUUAGUUGGUAAUCAUGAUGGAGAAGUAACUGACCUAUCGAUGUGCCAAUGGAUGACAACCCGUUUAGUUUCUGCUUCUGUUGAUGGCACGAUAAAGAUCUGGGAAGAUCGCAAGUUUGCACCGCUCGUAGUAUUAAGACCAUAUGAAGGCCAGCCUGUUUGUUCGGCGACUUUUUUAACUGCUCCCCAUCGGCCAGAUCACAUCAUACUUAUCACAGCGGGCCCACUUAAUCGAGAAGUGAAAAUUUGGUCCUCAGCAAGCGAUGAAGGCUAUUUACUGCCGAGUGAAUCUGAAUGGAAGUGUACACAGACAUUGGAAUUGAAGAGUUCAGCUGAACCUCGAGUUGAGGAGGCAUUCUUCAAUCAAGUUGUGGCAUUGUCUCAAGCAGGCAUUCUCUUGCUUGCAAAUGCUAAGAAGAAUGCGAUAUAUGCUGUACACUUGGACUAUGGUCCUAAUCCAGCAGCAACAUGCAUGGAUUACAUGAAAGAGUCUACGGUCACUAUGCCAAUUUUGAGUUUUACCGGGACAAGUGAUAUAUUAUCUCAUGGUGAACAUAUUAUUCAGGUUUAUUGUGUCCAGACACAGGCUAUUCAGCAAUAUGCUUUGGACUUAGCCCAGUGCUUGCCACCACCACUGGAGAACAUGGGGUUAGAAAAAUCAGAUUCAAAUGUUUCACGUGAGGCAACUAGUGUUGAAGGAUUUGUGACUUUGGACCCAUCUGGAAGUAAACCUACUGAGAUGCUGUCAUUUGCUGGUUCAGUACCCAAACCAACUAUACAAGUAAGUAGCCCUGAGACUGCAACUGCAGUGAGGUAUACUGUAAGCUCUGGUUCAGCUGAGGCAGCCACUUCAAAAGAAAUUAACAGUUUAAGUACUGAAUCUAAAGCUGUUGCACUGGCACCCGUAACUAGUGAUGUUGAUAGUGUUUAUGUUGCAUCACCACCUCUUCCUUUGACUCCUAGGUUGCCUAGAGAGCUCUCUGGUUAUAGGAGUCCAACAAGUAGCUUCGAGCCACCUUCACUCAGUAUGCCUGUUGGAGAUCAACCGGUUAAUGAUUAUUCAGUUGACAGGCAAGUGGACACCAUUCAUGCAAACAUGUCUGAUGUGUCUUCGUUGGAUGAUGAUUCUAGUGUGCUUAAUCCUCGUAUCAUUUUCAAACAACCAACUCACCUGGUAACUCCCUCCGAAUUGAAAGGAAAUUCAUCCACUGGAACUACUAGUGUUCUUGAUGGCAAGAGUGAGGGUGAGGCAAGUAUCCAGGACGUGAUUGUCAACAGUGAUGCCAGUAAUGCUGAAGUGGAGGUGAAAGUAGUUGGUGAAACAAGAUCUAUGCAGAAUGCUGAAUUUGGCCCCCAAGGAGAUUCUCAAAAUCUUUUGUCAGAAAAUAAGGAAAAAUACUUUUGCUCCCAGGCUUCAGAUCUUGGUUUUGAGAUGGCCCGAGAAUGCUCUGCUAUAUCAGCAGAAACUUAUAUUGUAGAGGAAGCUCGGCAAGUUGGUGUUAAUGAAAUAGAGGCACUGGCCCAACCUUCUAAUGCUGAUGAGGAUGAAGUCCAAGACUCCACAAAGGAUUUCUCCGUGAAGGUUUCUGAGUCAUCUACAUCCACAACAGUACCACAGUUGUCCACACCUAAUACAAAAGGGAAAAAGCAGAAGGGAAAAAGUUCUCAAGCAUCAGGUCCAUCUUCCCCAUCUCCGAGUGUUUUCAAUUCAAUAGAUUCUACAAUUGAAACAAGCGGGAAUACAAGUCUCCCCUCUACAGAAGCUGCUUUUUCUCAAAUUUUGUCCAUGCAGGAGAUGCUCAAUCAGCUCAUGGCAAUGCAAAAAGAAACGCAGAAGCAGAUGACAACAAUGAUAUCCGUUCCAGUUAGCAAAGAAUGUAAAAAACUCGAGACAAAUCUAGGGCGGAGUAUGGAGAAAGCUGUCAAGGCCAAUACUGAUGCUUUGUGGGCUCGUCUCCAGGAAGAGAAUGCAAAAAAUGAGAAGUUAUUACGAGACCGAACACAGCAAGUUACAAAUUUAAUGAAUAACUUUAUGAAAGACAUGCCAGUUAUGUUAGAAAAAGCAGUGAAGAAGGAAAUGGCUGCAGUAGGACCAGCUGUAGUUCGCUCAAUCACUCCAGCUAUUGAGAAAACAAUAUCUUCAGCUAUUGCAGAGUCUUUUCAGAGAGGAGCGGGUGAUAAGGCCAUCAAUCAAUUGGAGAAAUCUGUUAAUGCAAAACUUGAAGCUACUGUUGCUAGGCAAAUCCAAGCACAGUUUCAAACUUCCGGCAAACAGGCUCUUCAGGAUUCUUUAAAAUCAAGUUUUGAAAUGUCAGUUAUCCCUGCCUUUGAGAUGUCAUCUAAAACCAUGUUUGAGCAAAUAGAUGCUACAUUUCAGAAAGGAAUGGUGGAACAUACAAAUGCAGCCCGGCAGCACUUGGAAUCUACCCAUUCUCCAUUGGCACUUGCUCUUAGGGAUGCGAUUAAUUCAGCAUCAACAGUUACUCAAACUUUAGGUGGAGAAUUGCUCGAAGGUCAGAGAAAGCUUCUAUCUCUUGCAGCUGCAGGAGCAAACCCAAGUGCAGUAAAUCCCUUGGUCUCCCAGCUGAGCAAUGGACCUUUGGGUGCUCUCCAUGAGAAGGUUGAGGUGCCUGAUCCAACAAAGGAGCUAUCAAGAUUGGUAUCUGAGCACAAAUAUGAGGAGGCCUUCACUGCUGCCCUACAAAGAAGUGAUGUGUCUAUUGUAUCCUGGUUAUGUUCUCAGGUUGAUCUACAUGGGAUCUUGUCAAUGGUUCCUCUCCCUUUGAGCCAAGGAGUACUGCUUUCACUUUUACAGCAGUUAGCCUGUGAUAUCAGUAAUGAUACAACCCGAAAACUUGGUUGGAUGACAGACGUUGCUAAUGCAAUAAUACCAGCAGACCCAAUGAUUGCAGUGCAUGUGCGGCCCAUCUUUGAUCAAGUCUACAAGAUACUGAACCAUCAACGUAGCUUGCCUACAGUUACCGGCGCUGAGCUCUCAAGUAUCCGUCUUCUCAUGCAUGUCAUCAACUCAAUGCUGAUGACCUGUAAAUGACUUUUACCUUCUCCACACCAUUGUGCAAAUACAUGAGCUAGACCUUUUCAAUGUAUUGGCGAAUUUGUACAAAUCUCACAGGGAAGGGUCCCAACAGUAUAGGGUAAAAUUGUCCUUAGAAUAUGUGAAAUAGGCUAGUUUCUUCAGGUUCAUAUUUUGAUUUCGUUUUCUUUCCCUGUCAAAAGGUUUUUCCGCUGAAAUGAAAUUUUGCAUUUUCUGUACCA